AUGCUCGCAUACGGCCAGAGCUACUGGGAAUCCCUAGCUCGCAUGCCUCACGAAUAUGGCCAAAUCUGCGUAGGCCUUGAUUCCGGCCGGCUCGAUGCUCCCUUCGCGCGAUCCUUCACAGAACUUGUCAUGUCACUGGGCCUCGGUACUGCGCUAUCGUUCCAAGAGAAGCAGCGGACUUUCCUCGGUCGUCCCCUGUACAGCCAGCAACGUGGCGAGGAUGCACCUACCAUCACCCUGGCCCCAACACGCUCUGAGAUUCCCCUCAACGAGCGCGUCUUACCCUCAAAAACCAUGGUUUCAUUCUCGCUCCCUGGCAUUCGCCUCGACCAGCAGCCCGUUAACGCAGCUGGUGAGAAUGGUAUCCUCUCAGUAUGUAAGUCAGGGUAUCCUAAAGCGGAAGCGCGAGCUACAGCAAAUCCCACCGUCGUGGUAGAGCCAGGGAUCGCUGAGAGUCAAUACACGGACCAGACCUCGGGUCCCUCCCUCUUCGAUCGAAUCGAAAUCCCGGAAGCUCCCGAGACCAACGUCUCCAGCGACGGCAAAACAAAGUGCAAGUGUGCCCAAGAAGCUCGCAUGCGUUUUUGA